AUGGAUUCUGACUUAGAGGCGUUCAGCCAUUAUCCAGCAGAUGGUAGCGUCGCGGCACUGCCCGGUCGGACAACCGCAAAAACCAAUUAUCUGAAUGAGCGGUUCCUC